GGUUUUAUGAUUUAUUUAGUGUGUUUUAUUGUGAUGUAUGUACUUCCUAGGGUACCUGAGUGUGUACGUAUACCUGGGUAUACACACAAAUUAUUAGUCCAAGUAGUCGCAUGUACCUGUGCAGUUGCAAGUUACAGGGAGUUACAAGGCGGCAGCGGUAGUCCGAGCCAUUAUCUCUAGUACUUGAUUAAGUAACCGAACACUAAAAACGCCGCGCUUCAUCUCAAUCUCUCAAAAGUCUUCAUUCAAGAUUAAACCACGACUCCAACAACAACAAUACGCCCGACCAACCACGGUUACGAGUUACCAACCGAAAUUCCUCUCACCCCGCCGACAGCAUUACCAAUCUAUAAGCUUUAUUGUCUCAGCAACCUUUCCAAUGUCCAGCAGUAAUUCCGAACGCCCAGUUGUAUAUGUCUAGGAAACCAUGGCGACUAUGAACAUCCGUGGUCCCUCGGCGGCGCCUGCUCCUCUUGCUUCCGUACCGAAUACCAACGGCAAAUCCAUCCACGCUCAUGAUCACGAUGACCCGCUACCGAAUGGCCACCAUGUCCCCGUACAAGAACCCAGACCCGCCCCGACACCAACUCCCUCCAUGGCUUCAAACGCCGCCAAAAAGGGAAAGAAUAAGAAAGCCCUUGACUCGACUGAAGCCUCUAAGCUCGUUGCGGCGAGGAUAUCCCAACUGGAGGUGGAUACAGCAGCCGAAAAAGAGCAAGAGGCGGAAAUUGACCGGGAAGUACGGAAAGCGAAUCGCGAACUUAACCACCAAAUGAAUAAGAUGAACGAUAUGGAUAAAAUAGAACUUUUAACUAAACGAUCAUCGGAACUUUUUGCGAAUAUGAAGCGCCUCGAGCGCGAGAAUCUUAAGAACAAGAAACGCGCAGAUCAACUACAGAAGGAAAAGGAUUCCAGCCGUACUGACCUGAGCAAGCAAAUCAGUCUAAAGGAGAAGCUAGAAAAACUCUGCCGCGAGUUACAAAAAGAAAACAACAAGCUGAAGAACGAGCAUCGUGCUUUGAACGACACCCACGACCGACUCAAAGUCUCUUCUGAUGAGCGCUUUAAGAAAGUACUCGAGACUUUAGAAGGUUACCAAGAGGAGAAAGACAAUCCACGCAAGCAGGUUGUGUAUAUGAAGGCUGAAGAAUUGUUCAAGGGUCGCUUCAAAUCCCUCAUUGACCAAUACGAACUCCGGGAAUUGCAUUUUCACUCCGCAAUGCGGACGAAGGAGAUCGAGGUACAAUGGAACAUGGCUCGAUACGAGCAACAGAAGAAGACCGCCGAGACCGAAGCGAAUCGUGCGCGCCAACUUAACAGUCAAGUGCUUACGUUCUCUAAAACGGAAACUGAGUUGAGAAAUCAGUUGAAUGUUUAUGUCGAGAAGUUUAAGCAGGUCGAGGAUACCCUCAACAAUAGUAACGACCUGUUCUUAACCUUCCGUAAGGAGAUGGAGGACAUGUCCAAAAAGACUAAGAAACUCGAGAAGGAGAACGAUGCUUACAAGCGCAAAGAAGGCGCGCUAAACUCGAAUAUCUUUAAAAUGGCCGAGGAACGUAAUCGACAUAUUAAAGAUCUCGAGGACAUCAAGAAGAAAAACGACAAACUUACGAGUAUCAUCAACCAGAUGCAACAACAAGGUCGCGGCAUACCUCAAGGUAUGCAAGGGACAGUAGAGAGUUGUUAUGCCGAAGGGGCAGAGGGUGACGAAGAAGGAGAAUUGGAGGACGGAGACGAGGAGAGUGAAUACGAAUACGACGAUGAUGAAGGCGAAGAAGUGAGUGAAGAAGGCGAAUUCGAUGAUGACACAGAAGAAGAGCUCAUGCCGCAAGUGCCGGGCGCUUACGGACCCGAACGGCCACCUGCUAUGAACGGUCAUCGUUAGGGAGACGACACAUCAGAGUGGAAUGCGGUAGAAUUCCGCUAUCCCCUGCAAGAUCUGGUUGACGAUGUUCGCAACCUGUUCACUUGGGGGAACUAACUCACUUCCUACCAAAUAAACGUUGCCGGGAUGUGCUCUGCAAAACAAACCCACCAUGUUUGUCCAUCACGGAGGUGCGGCCUUUCGAAGAAAAUAGCUCACUUCGUCAAACCGUUCACUCUCAGGGACAUUCGUUGGGGUCAUUGCGUUUUUGCAGAAGAGAUGGCUCGUUCGUCGUUGGUCUAUGUAACAAACAACUUGGUUCUCGUCGCCAAAACAGGAGCAUCGUUCCUCGCUAGUGAUAUAGUGUAGCAAUAAAUGCGAAUUGAUACUUCACUCGGGAAUGUACCUAGGAAAUAGUUUAUCUAUAAGGUGUAAGAAUUCACAAUAAAUACUCAUGGUAUCAAUCA